CUUAUUAUUAUACUAGCCGGGGUUUAGGGUUUCAUCUCUCACUCGUGUUUUUAGGGUUUCAUUUCUCUGCUCGCUGGUUCGAUCUCAUCUUGCAGAGGAAUUCGAAUUUCAGAUUAUAUUGUCACUAUGUCUCGUGUGUACGUUGGAAACCUGGAUCCUCGAGUUUCAGAAAGGGAACUGGAAGAUGAAUUUCGAGCAUUUGGAGUUUUACGAAGUGUGUGGGUUGCUCGGAAGCCACCAGGCUAUGCCUUUGUUGAAUUUGAUGAUCGCCGAGAUGCUAUUGAUGCAAUUCGUGAACUGGAUGGUAAAAAUGGAUGGAGAGUUGAACUUUCUCACAACUCCAGGGGUGGAGGUGGAGGCCGUGGUGGUGGUGGUGGUCGCAGUCGUAGUGGAAGUGGCAGUGAUAUGAAAUGUUAUGAGUGUGGAGAGCCUGGCCAUUUUGCUCGUGAAUGUCGUUUGCGCAUUGGUUCUGGUGGAUAUGGCAGUGGAAGACGUCGAAGCCCCACUCCCCCAAGAUAUCGUAGGAGCCCAAGCUAUGGUCGAAGGAGUUACAGCCCUCGUGGCAAGCGAUCUCCAAAGCGUCGUAGCUACUCUCCUGCACGAGGCCGAAGCUACAGUAGGUCACCCGCUCCAUAUCGUGGCCGUCGCGACUCGCCCUAUGCUAAUGGUAGUCCCGUUGCUAGAGACCGAAGCAGAAGUUGAAGUGAGAGUACGAGGAUCAGAUGUCAAGGUAUGCAGGGGAAUGAAGACUGGGUGAGUUUGCAUGAUACCAGUUUGAAAGAGUGAACUGCUGCACCAUCUUGCCUGCUGUCGUGCAUUUGGAUAGGUUCCUUUCCUACUUUAUAACUUUGAACUUGAACCUUUCUUUAUAACUUUGAACUUUGAACUUUUCUUUGCCUCUUCUAUGAAUGGUAUGUCUGAGAUGUGAGUGGGACUAGAGAGACAAAACAGAGCAGACUGAUAGAAUUUUACUAAAGCACUGUAUCUUUUUUCCCCCUUUUUUUUGUUUUGAGAAGGGCGUUGUUCUGCUUAAACGGCACGCUCCAGAACCCCUCAUGCUUCGUCUUCUCCAUUGGGUUUUGUGCUUACUGUGAUUGAUCUCCUGGAUACUCUCUCGCCCUGUGGUUUCUUCUCGUUUACAUCGGCUUCUUCAAAUAUGCUUGGGAUUUUGGUCCUCUGCUUCAUUGUAUGAUCCUUCGUGCUCUACAACAUGACUUCUCUUUGUCUACAGUGGCACCUCCUCAAACUCGUUUAGGGGCAUAUUUUGAAACUUACAGGUAUUUUAAUUUGUUAUUGGAAAAUUAAAACCAAGGGGUGUUUAAUUUUCAAAUUACAAUAUUUAGGUAAAUGGUUUAUGGGGCAUGUACUGAUAUUGAUGCAUAUCAGUUUCUGGUGACAACUGAGAGAAAACAACAGAGAGAGAUGAUUGUAGUAGCAUGGCUAGAGUGGCUUGUGGUUAUCUUUCCAGUUUUAUAAUGUGAGGGAAAGAAAAGCUAAAGGAACUGGGGUAUGUAAAAAUAUGCCAGUUCUUCAAUUAGAAGCCAACUAGAGAGUUAAAAGGAAGUGCGGGGCCAUGUGGGGUGACUUGCGUUUGAUUGCAGGAAACGGGCUCCUGUUUCAUGUACAUUGUUCCUAGUUGGUGGAUUUCUGUUGAGUUGGGCAAGCAAGAGCCGAAAGAGAACAUUGUUUGUUUCUGAUCUACAGGCAUUAGGGUUUGUCAAUGUUUUGGUUUUGGGUUUUGUGGAAACUGAAGAAAGAAGAGAGGAGCAGGAGGGGUGGGGGUGGGGGGUGUUUAUUGGUAUUUGAUUUUGACUACACAAAAGGGGUAAUCUUCUGUUUGGUUUGUCCUCUUUGAAAGAUGUGAGACCAGAGAUCACCAGAUUACCCUGAUUUGUUUCUUCAAUAUCUGGUAUGUGCUCUUCUAAAAAUGCUCGCGAACACUCAUAAAUCACAGACUUCAGAAUCGUUGGCUGAAUGUUUUAUGCCAGUAGGUUACUCACAUUUAAGAUGAGGAAUGAGAUUGCUGUGUUUUCUCUUU